CAGUUUUGUGUUUAUUCUCCUCCAUACAAAUGCCAUGUUAUACGUGGUGUUUAAAAAUCACAUUGUAGUUAAUCUGUAGCCGAAGUGAAGCAGUAUUUUUUUAAUUCCGAAGCGAUUUAAGCCGCUGCUUUGUGUUCUAAAUUAAGAAAUAGUGUGCUGUGCAUUUUAUUUUCUUCCGGAUUUUGAGGUUAGGACAAUAUAUGAGGUUAUAUUGAACACAGAAUGCACCUAAAAAUUAUCGCCGCCGUAAUUAGCUUAGCACUAAUUUUUUCACACGCCAAAUGCGACGAUGUGGAUGACUCGGAAGAAGCGACGGUAGAAACGAUCCCCGAAGAUGCGAUAGACGUCCCGUACGAAAGCCCCAAAUCCCUCGACUCGAAAAGCACGUAUUUGGCGGAACACUUCGACGAUUUAGACCUAUUCUCCAAACACUGGGUGAAAUCUCAGGCCAAAAAAGAAGGAAUCUCUGAAGACAUCGCCAAAUACGACGGACAGUGGCAGGUGGAAAGCGCGCUCAAAGACGGUCUUACCGGCGACAAGGGUUUAGUCCUAAAGUCCAAAGCCAAACACGCCGCUAUCGCGUCAUCCCUAUCGCGAGCUUUCGUUUUCGACGCCAAGCCCCUAGUAGUCCAAUACGAAGUGAUGUUCCAAGACGGGCAAGAAUGCGGAGGCGCCUACCUCAAACUACUAACCCAAGGUCCUGAGACCAAAAACCUCAACAACUUCCACGAUAAAACUCCCUACUCGAUCAUGUUCGGGCCCGACAAGUGCGGCAACGACCACAAGCUGCACUUCAUUUUCAAGCACCGCAACCCCCGCAACGGGACGUUGGAAGAAAAACACUGCAAGAAGCCCAAAGACCGCAUUGAAGAGGUCUUUUCCGAUAAACUCCCACACUUGUUUACUCUUGUGCUCCACCCCGACAACACCUUCGAGAUCUCGGUGGACAAGAAAGUCGUGAAUUCGGGGAGUUUACUGGAUGAUUUCACCCCCGCGGUCAACCCUCCAAAGGAAAUCGACGACCCCGACGACAAGAAACCGGAGGAUUGGGACGAGAGGGAGAAGAUUCCCGACCCCAAUGCCGUUAAACCCGACGAUUGGGACGAAGAUGCCCCUGCUCAGAUCGUGGACGAGUCGGCGGUGAUGCCGGAGGGGUGGCUAGAGAACGAACCAACGCAUGUUCCCGAUCCGGACGCUAAGAAACCGGACGACUGGGAUAGCGACAUGGACGGGGAGUGGGAGCCUCCCCUUAUUGAUAACCCGGGCUGUAAGGACGCGGUUGGGUGCGGACCGUGGGAGCCACCAUUGAUCAACAACCCAGAUUUCAAGGGGAAGUGGAGGGCGCCUUUGAUUGAUAACCCGAAUUACAAGGGGAAGUGGAGGCCGAGGAGGAUCCCCAAUCCCGAGUUCUUUGAGGAUAAGCAGCCCUUCAAAAUGCAGCCAGUGUCCGCCGUUGGUUUUGAACUGUGGUCAAUGUCCAAGGAUAUUUUCUUCGAUAACAUUAUUAUUACCGACGACAUUGAAGUGGCCAAUCACUGGGCGGCUGCUACCUAUGACAAGAAGAGACAAAAGAUCGCUAAAGAUUCGGAAAGCGUAGUUCAGAAAUUAGCCACCCUGACCAACGAAUAUCCUUGGCUUUGGGGCGUGUACAUUAUUGUACUAGGAAUACCUGUCGUUUUUGUAUUAUAUUUGUGCUGCAAGCCUGGAUCCUCUGCUAGUCAAAGUCAGGAGAAAGAGGAACUGCGACAAGCAGCACAGAAGAAAAAGACUGAUGAACCGACUGAAGACGUAGUGGAAGAAGAAGCGAAAGAGGUGGAGGAAGCGGAGGUUGAAAAUCCUGAAGAGGAUGACGAUAGGGAGAAGAAUUCGGGACCUGAUACUGAAGACGAAGACGAGUCUGACGAGAAAGUAGAGCAGGAAAAUUCGCCGAAAGGCGGCGGUGAGGGCGCAAGAAAAAGGAAAGUACGUAAGGAGUGAUAGUUUUUUUUUAAUAUAGCUAGCACCAGCACUGUUUUCAUCUUGCAAGUCUGCAGUUGUAUUUAUUUAUGAUCGUUUUAUUUUUUUGCUGUAAAUGAUCGUUCCAUUUUUGAUUAGGAAAUUUGUACUUUUUAUGAAAGUCUAGUUGUAGUUGUUACGUUUUUGAAUAAAAUUUUUGACCAUAAUUCAUUUUACUGAGCGAGCUAGUUGGAUUUAUAAAUACAAUACCAGACCAAGGAAUAGCCCGUACUAGUAUUGUUACUUGGGAUAAAUUGCAUGAUAUGAUUUUCCAUCAGCGAUUUUCUAUAUAUUUAUAUAAUGUCCUGUGAUUAUGUAAUAGUUCAGAGGAAAAUAAAUACUUAAGUUUACUGUGUGGACCUAAGCUACAAUAAAUAAACUUAAAAAUA